GCCCGAUGGCGGCGGCCGCGCCGAGGGCCCCCGCUGAGGAUGUGAAUUUUGAAGAUGUGUCCAUUGCCUUCUCCCCGGAGGAGUGGGCACUCCUUAACGAAGCCCAGAGACUUCUGUACUGUGAGGUGAUGCUGGACAACUUCGCGCUUACAGCGUCUCUGGGUUGUUUGCACAGAAUGGAAGAUAAGGUGUCUUCUGAGCAGAGUGUAUCUGUAGUGGAGUCACAGGUCGGGGCUUCUAAGGCAAUUCCAUCCACCCAGAUUGCCCACCACUGUGAGUUACGUGUUCCAGUCUUGAAAAGUGUUUUGCAUCAAGUUGGACUCCAAACAGUGUCCCCUGUGCAGGAGCCAUGCCUGGGUGGCACAUGUGUGAGAUGCUUCUGUUUCGGGGUAAACCUGCACCAGAAACAGAGGCCUGACAGUGGAGUGAAGUCCUGGAAGAGAAGGGUAGAUGGGGCCUUGUUUGUGACAAACUGCAGCUUCUCUUUGUCAGGGCAACCUUUUACCUGUAGGGAGGUGAGGGAGGACUUCCCAGCCGCCCCGGGCCUUCUCCAGCCACUGGCUUUUCCCGACAGCGAGGAAACACAUGGUGGUGAUGACAAUGCGCAGAACUUGCACAAUGGACAAAACUCUUACAGGUUCGGUGCACGUGAAAAAGCUGACAUCCACAGCCACCCACUUACUGGACCACAAAAUGUUUGCUCUGGAGAAGGGCUUCAUGAAUGUAGCAAAUGUGAAAAAACCCUCAGGUGCAAGUAUAAAUGCAUUCAGUGCCAGCAAAUUCACCCUGGGCAAAGGCCACAUGAACAUGGGAAACACUUUAGCCAAAUCUCUGACCUUAUUAAACACCAGAAAAUUCACAGUGGUAUGAAGCUUUAUGGAUGCAGAGAAUGUGGAAAAUUUUUUACCCACAACCUCAGUCUUAUAAAUAACCAGAGAGUUCAUAUUGGAAGUCUGGAAAGGAAUUAUAAUUGCAGUGAAUGUGCAGCAGUCUUUGCCCACGAAUCCAAACUGCUACGCCCCCAGAGACAAUGCACUGGAGUAGCUUAUUAUGAAUGUAGUGAAUGUGGAAAAUCCUUUGGCUGCGAAUCCAACCUCAUUGAGCACCAGAGAGCUCACUCUAGAGAAAGGCUUUAUGAAUGCGGUGAGUGUGCAAAGUCCUUUAGCCAAAACUUCAACCUCAUUCAACAUUGCAGGGUACACACCGGAGAAAUGCCUUAUGAGUGUGGUGAUUGUGGGAAAUCUUUGAGCAUAUCUGAACUCAUCCAACAGGCAAGAAUUCACACUGAAGAAAGGCCUUAUGAGUGCAGUGAGUGUGGAAAAUGGUUUAGGCAGUUCUCUAACCUUAUUAGACACUGGAAUGUUCAUGCUAGAGAAAGGCCAUGUGAGUGUGGUGCUUGUGGAAAAUCAUUUAGCCGCAAAUCUGACCUCAUCCAACACCAGAGAAUUCAUACUGGCACACGGCCUUAUGAAUGUUGUGAAUGUGGCACAUCGUUUAGACAACGGUCUGCCCUUGCUCAGCACCAGAGAGUUCACUCUGGAGAAAAGCCUUAUGAGUGCGGUGAGUGUGGGAAAGCCUUUAGCCAAAUGUUUAACUUCAUUCAACAUUGCAGGGUACACACUGGAGAAAUGCCUUAUGAGUGUGGUGAUUGUGGGAAAUCUUUUAGUUAUAAAUCUGAACUUGCCCAACACCAAAGAAUUCACACUGGAGAAAGGCCUUAUGAGUGCGGUGAGUGUGGGAAAUCAUUUAGACUUAAAUUUGGCCUCAUUCAGCAUCAGAGAAUUCACACUGGAGAAAGGCCUUUUGAGUGUGGUGAGUGUGAAAAAUCCUUUACCUGCAAAUCUGACCUCAUCAAACACCAGAGAAUUCAUACUGGCACAAGACCUUAUGAGUGUCGUGAAUGUGGGACAUCGUUUAAACAACGGUCUGCCCUUACUCGACACUGGAGAGUUCACUCUGGAGAAAAGCCUUACGAGUGUGGGGAAUGUGGGAAGUCCUUUAGCCAAAGUGCCGGCCUUAUUCAACAUCAGAGAGUUCAUACUGGAGAAAGACCUUAUGAGUGCAGAGAAUGUGGGAAAGCCUUUAGCCAAAGUUCUAGCCUUUUGCGACACCAGAGAGCUCACACUGUGAAAAGACCCUAUGAGUGUGCCGAGUGUGGGAAGUCCUUUAGACAACUCUUUAAUCUCAUUCGACAUUGCAGGGUACACACUGGAGAAAUGCCUUAUGUGUGUGGUGAUUGUGGGAAAUCUUUUAGUUAUAAAUCUGAAUUCAUCCAGCACCAAAGAAUUCACACUGGAGAAAGGCCAUAUGAGUGCAGCAAGUGUGGAAAAUCAUUUAGGCGCAAAUUUGGCCUCAUUCAGCAUCAGAGAGUUCACACUGGAGAAAGACCUUUUGAGUGUGGUGAGUGUGAAAAAUCCUUUACCUGCAAAUCUGACCUCAUCCAACACCAGAGAAUUCAUACUGGCACAAGACCUUAUGAGUGUCGUGAAUGUGGGACAUCGUUUAGACAACGGUCUGCCCUUAUUCAACACCGGAGAGUUCACACGGGAGAAAAGCCUUAUGAGUGUGGGCAAUGUGGGAAACCCUUUGCUCACAAAUCUGACCUCAAUCAACACCAGAGAGUUCACACUGGAGAAAGACCUUAUGAGUGCAGUGCAUGUGGGAAAUCUUUUAGCCAAAAGUCUAACCUACUUAGGCACCAGAGAGUUCACACUGGAGAAAAGCCUUAAAUAUGCCAGGAAUGUUUUAUUUCCUUGCUCAGUAUA